AUGAAAUCACACGAUGCUGGUAACCAAUUUGAUGUUGCUUUCCUGAACAUUUCGAAAGCAUUUGACACCGUGCCACUCAACAAAUUAUUACACAAACUAGAUGAAUAUGGUGUGAGAGGGCCACUGAAUAAAUGGCUUGAAAUGUUUCUCACUCAGAGAAAGAUGAAAGUUGUCAUUGAUGGAGAGGAAUCUGAAGAAGCUACAGUGGACUCAGGAGUUCCACAAGGAACCUUACUCGGACCACUUCUCUUCCUCUUCACAAAGUUCCUCUUUGAUGAAAACGUUGUUGAUGAUGAUGAUGAUGAUGACGACGACGACGACGAUAACGACGAUGAGGAUGAUGAGGAUGAUGAUAAUGACGAUAAGGAUGAUGUUGAGGAUGAUGAUGAUCAUGUGGAUGCACAUGACGAAGAUGAGGAAGAGAGUGUAUUCAAAACUCAGGACACGUUUCAAUUCCAAGAAGAUGAUGAAAGUCAAACAGAUAUAGAAUUGAACGAAGUUGCGCAACCUGGUCCAUCUAGACCAAAAAGAAAAAAGAAAUGUUAG